AUGCAUUAUUAUUUUUUAUCGUAGAAAUUUUUAUUGUUCGCUUAUGGCAACCAUAAUUUCAAAAAUUAUUAUGCUGAUCUAAAUAUUUUAACAAUAUCUUAAUUUUUUAAUAAACAAUGAACUAUUAUUAUACAUUAACAUAUAUUCAGUUUUAUCUAUUUCAUAAUCAUAAUCAAUCUUACUUUUAUCUAUUUUAUAAUUAUAAUCAAUCAUGUUAAAAUUAUUAUUGUGAAUUAAAUAUGAUUGAAUUAUAUUAAAUUAAUAAUUUAUUAAUUUUAUUCUCAUAAAUAUAAAAUAUUUAUGUUAAUUUUUUUUUUGACGUUGUUAAAAAAUUUAAGAUGAUGACAUAAUGGCUUAACAUUAGCAGAAUAUAUAAUACAUAUAUAAAAAUUAAUAUAUCUUAGACUUUUGUAUAUAUACAAUAAUAUAUUGUGUAAAAUGAAUAAACGUAAGAAAAUAUUGCUAAAAGGAAAUAUAGUUUUGAAGGGCAGUAAAAAUUUAACAUAAAUUAAAUACAAAAUACUUUUCAAAUAUGUUUUUUUAUGCAAAUAUUUUUUUGUUUAAUAACUAAAUGCAAAUACAAUAAGAUAAAUAUAUAAUAAGAUACAACAAAUACAUGUGAGAGUUUUAAACAAUUUUUUAUUUUACAUUAUGUAAACUAUAAAUAACUGUAUUUUAAAUUGUUGUAUAAACAUUUAAAUAUAUGAUUAAAAUUAAAAACAUACCACUAAUAAUUUAAAAUAAAUAUAUAUAUAUAUAUAUAUGCAUAUAAAGCUGAAAAUAACACCUGCGCGGUUGCGCGAGUUAAAAUCUAGUAAGUGUUUAAGUAAAUUGAUAUUACGCAGUGUAUGUCUAUGUGUUUAGAGUGUAUGAAUAUUAUGGAAAAGUUGAAAAUGUAUUUCGAGUGAUUAAAAUUUUGUGUAAAUAUAUGAUCCUAUUAAAACUAUAAAUUAAUAAAAAAAAUAAUGUAUAUGUAUAUAUAUUUUAUAUAUGUACAAACAAACUAUUAUAUUGUUUGUUUAAUCUUUACAAUGGAGUUAUCUUUAAUAUUUCUUAAUAUUUAAUAUAUUUUGAUGAGAUUUAGUAAAAAAAAUAUCUAAAAUCACAUUUAAUAUCUAUGAAACAUAUUUUGUAUAUGCCAAACAAUAUAAUAAAAACAAUCUGAAUGACAAACUUCAAAAAUUUAAUUAAAACAAUACACAAACUUAAAUAUUUUAUUAUUUAGAAAAAUAAAUAUUUAAGAUGGAAAAUUUUAAAAAUGAAAUUUUGUAAAUUAAUUACAGCAUAUAUUAAUAAACUCUCAUAUUUCCAACAUUAUUAAUUUAUAAAAAAUUUACUGUAUGUAUCUAUGCGUACAUUUCUGUAUAAACAAAAUGUACAAAACUUUAGAAACUUUUUAUAAUCCUCCUUAGUAUAUAUUAUUUAAUUGGUCAACUAUAUACAUAUAUAUACAAAUCUAGAAUCUAUUGUAACUUCCAUAUCUGCAUAAUAUCCCAUUCAAAAUGGGAAACUAUUGAUAUGUUACUCUAAAUACGGAAUUAGUUUGCUAAUAAUGUUGACCAAAUCAUUUUUAUAUACGUUUUAACCCAUUUUCAUGAAUAUUCUCUCCUCCACUACUUUCUUCCACCAACAAUGAUCCCCAAAGAAGAAGUUGAGCCGCCGCAGAAAAAGGCCAAGCUUCCACCACCACCACCGCCGCCGCAGCCGCUUAACCAUCAACCAUGUCUCUCCUUUUCUUCACUUCCAAACGAUAUCACUUUGAAUUUCUUCGCACGUAUCCCAAAAUCUUAUUACCCUAAAAUCUCCCUGGUCUCCAAGACCUUUCGUUCUCUCCUCUAUUCCUCAGAGCUCUAUGCCGCACGUUCUCAAAUGGGAACCACCGUGACCUGCCUCUACAUCUGUCUAGAGUACUCCACCGAGCACUUCACCGAUCCAUCUCCACGAUGGUUCAGUCUCUAUGUGAAACCUAAACGAAACCUAACCGAUGGUAGGACUAGAGAGAAAUCAAGUGGAAACCUCUUGGUUCCUGUUCCCAAACAUUGUCCUCCUCCUCCUCCUCCACAUGCGUCUUCGACCAUAUUGACUGGCUCGCAAAUCUACGUAUUCGGUGGACCAUUGGACGAUAACGUAAGGCGCUACUCCUCAGCUGUUCGGGUUUAUGAGUGUAGGAAUAAAACGUGGCGAAAUCUUCCUAACAUGAAUAUGGAGAGGUUCUAUGCGUCUGCAUGUGUCCACGACGACAAGAUCUAUGUAAUGGGAGGAUGUAUAGCUCGGUCUGAGCACCAAAGCUGGUUUGAGAUGUUCGACAUCAAGACACAGACCUGGAAAACCUUACCGCCGAAUCCCGACCUUCAUGUACGGUUGGGAUGCAAGAAGGUUCGCAAAAUCGGUAUGGUGCAUGAAAAGAUUUACGUGAAGACUGAGAGUGAGCUCCGUGAUUGGGUCUAUGAUGUGAAGGAAAAGAAAUGGAGUGUUGCGGAUGUGGGGUUGAGUGUACAUUGGUCGAGUUCUUGGUGCGUGAUAGACAAUGUGAUGUUUUCUUACUCUCGCUUUAGGUAUGUGUGGUAUGAUUUAAAGAGUGGCACGUGGAAAGAUGUGAGAGGUUUGGAAGUGCUGAAGAAGUAUCGUAGUUUUAGUAGUCAUGUUAAUCCGAAUGGUAGAGUUGGUAGUGUGGUUGAAUUAGUGAACUAUGGUGGGAAACUCGUGAUUAUUUGGGAUAGGUUUGAGCGGCGUGGUCGUAGUCAGAACAAGAACAUCUGGUGUGCGGUGGUUGCGUUGGAAAGAGUCCAUGAAGGUUUUUGGGGGAAGAUUGAGUGGUUCGAUGUUGUGCAUACUGUCCCCAAGUCAUAUGAGUUCUUGCGCUGCCUACCCGUUUUGGUUUGAUGAGUCGUACUUAGUCAAGCUGGUAGAGUCAUCCUUUUGAUUUUAAGAACUUUGUGCUUUGUUUUGUGUUUAGACAUUGACUUUUCUAGACAUUGUUUCAAUUUUCAUUUUGAGAAUAGAUGUAUUUUGUGUUUGUGGACCACACCUAUGCAUUUUGUUAGCUUGAUUGUCAUUACAAUGUAAACUAAGGAGAUACAAACUCACUUGAGGCAAAGUCUCUAUGUUUUGCCCUUUCAAUGUCCUCAUCUAAAUAACAUUUGUUCACCUUGAAGUAAAGAAAUAUUCUCAGAAACUUAACCUAUUUGUUAAUGUUGUUCAUUACUCGUUAAUUAGAGGAAUGGUCCGUCCUUAAGAGUUUCGUUGUUCUAUUUUAUUUUCUCUUCUCUUUCUCUGUUUGUAUUCUUACGAAUGAUUGAUUACUAUAAUUUCUUUGAGUAGCUGGUAUGCAGCUACUAAAGUUUACUUUCUAAGUUCAAUCACAAGCAAGUAAAAAAGAAACCAUGAUGGACUUUCGUGUAGUCUUGUUAUAGUGUUUAUUGUUACUCUUAACGGUCUUACCAUUUCACUGUAACAUCAAAUGCUUAAUUAAGGUUUGUGUUUUUCUUAAGCUUCUUUUGUAUAGAUUUUUCUAAUGUAGAGACUCUGUUCACAUGACAAAGGGAGGGAGGUGGUUCUUUUGUAUAGAUUUUUUCCAAUGACACAAAAGGAGGGAGGUGGUUCAAACAAAACUCUCAGCUGUUCAGGAGAAAUCAUCAACCUACAUGCAUUGUCUGAAACUCUCAAAAACAAGCUU